AUGCAUGAGGCUACCUUACCUGUGCGCGCUAGGACGCAGUCUGUGUCUACUGAUGUACCUUGGUUUCUGAAAUUGGACCAUGAGAAUGAGGUGGUUUACGAAACGACAGAUCGACCGCUGUUGAAGAGCGGUAGCUUGACUGGACUCGUAGAACAAUUGACGCGCCAUGACCGACUGGACCUCACCUUUAACGAGACCUUCCUGAUCACAUAUCCUACCUUUGUAUCCGCUGCGAACCUCUUCGAUGCCCUCCUCCAACGAUUCCAUGUCGAUCCACCGGGUCAAUUGACUCAAUCCGAAAUGCAGCUGUGGACCCAGCACAAACAAAAGGCGAUCCGUCUCCGGGUCGUCAAUAUCUUGAAGACAUGGCUGGAGCGCUUCUGGAUGGAACCAAGAGAAGAAGUGACAACCGAAUUCCUCAGAAAGAUGCACGCCCAGAUCAAGAACUCGGCGGUUGUAAUGGAGACACCCACUGCCCCGCAGUUGUUAAGCGCCAUCGAUCAGCGAAUACAAGGCCAAGAGAUCACGAAACGUCUGGCGACACCCCCGAACUCCAAUAUUCCGAAACCGAUAACCCCGAAGAAUAUGAAGAAGCUGAAGAUACUGGACCUUGAUCCUACUGAGCUUGCCCGCCAGCUGACGAUUAUUGAAUUUAACCACCACGCCCGAAUUAGGCCGAAUGAAUGCCUUAGUCAGAAAUGGAAGAAGAGGAGGUCUAAUAGUACCGAGCCGUCGACGGGUGUCAAUGCCAUGAUUCUGCAUUCGAAUCGACUGGCUAAUUAUGUCGGGGAGCUUGUGUUGGCACAGGAUGAAUUGAAGAAGAGGGUGUCAAUGAUCAAGCUGUUUGUGCAGGCUGCUGAUGUAGGUCUUGUUUCUUUGGAUUGCGUGUGUUCUGUCUAA